AAACAUUUAGCUCAUGAAAUCGGAAGUGAAAUGUUAACAAGGAAGAAAUUUUGUAAACACAGGAAACGUGUUUAAUUAUUUUCAAUUGUCUUUUGCUAAGUAGCUUAAAAUCAGAUUGUAAUGUAAAUACUACUUGAUAAUUACGGAUCUUAAACUUUGUUCUCACGUCAGGAAGUGAAAGAUGAGUGCAAUGUAUUCAAGGGCCUUUGAUCAUAUCACAGAUACACAAAAUGAAAUUGAAAAUGACUCGGAUUACACGUAUCAGGACCCUGAGAUGGUGUUUAACAUAUGUUAAAAGUUUAGCAACAAUAUUAGCUCAUUCAGGCGACCAGGUGGUGGGGGAAGAUCCAGUGCUUUUAGAGUAAAAGAUCGUGAUUUAACAAGGGACACGUCCACACAUGAUGACAUGGGUCAGGACCAUUCUUCUUCACAGUAUAUUGAUGUGUUUGACAGUCCGAAAAACAGACGGACGUCUAAUCAACAAUUGCCUCACCGCGUGAGUGAACCAGUUCUAAGACGAGGUCAUAGGGAUGAGGAGUCAGAGACUUAUUGUUAUGCUUACUCCCAGAAUGUGAUUAGAGAAGAAGUAACCCUCAGGAAUGCAAACCACCCAACUCAGAGGUCAGUAUCUUUGAGGGAUGAUUAUUCACAACCUCCAGAUAGAGUGUUGAGUACAGCAUCAACACAGGAUUAUACAGAACCCUACCAGUCAGAAGAGAAAGGACAAAACCCAGCAUCUCCUGUUGUACAACCAGAUCCUGGGGGUAUUUAUGAAUUGGCUAAAGAUAUUACAGGGUUGAAAGAAUCUGGGAAAUCUGACAGAAAGGGUGUUACAAGUGAUCAUUAUAAUCAUCUAGAUGAUGUCAAAAACAGACUUACUAGUGCUAACAUUUCUGACCAAAAAAGUUUAGAAGAAAGAUACGAUCACAUCAAUUCGUGGUCAAAACGAACUGGUCCUUUAACCAGUACUGAUAGCGGUACCGAACAUUAUAUAUCUGCUGAGUCAUCCCCAUUACGUAAGUGCUCUAACGUUUCUGACGAUGUUUUCACAUCAAAUGUAGCUAUGAAUAAAAUGUUACCUAAUGAGUACCGCCAUUUGCCGGCAAAUUAUGAGGAACCGUGGGAUUCCGAAGAAGGACAAAAACGGUUUGACCGUUUAAUAAAUAAAGCGGAAAAGAAGCAUGAAACAAGGAAAUCUAUUGAUCAGACUAAUAGUGGUGUCCCGAGAAAAAGUGUUGACCAGUCCGGAAUUAAAAUAAACACAGCUCAAACAUCUGUCAACAAGACAGGUGGACAUUAUGAGGCAGCAUGGGUAGGUGGGGCAGGUUCGAAACUUACACCAGUUACGCCACCAUCUGUGCCACAGCAGCAUAAACCAAGUGCUCCAGCAAAUUAUGAGGAUGCCUGGGAUUUACCAGAGAAACAGAAAGAGUUUGAGGAGAAGUUGUUGCAGGCAAGAAAGCAGAGAGCGAGUCAAGGUCAGAUACGUGAAGAUGACCAGGCUACAGGUGACAAUGUGUCGAAACCAUUUGCCGGCCCAUCUCCACCAUUACGUAAAACCCAACCUGAUCAUGUGAUUCGGUCAGACAGUUGCAGGUCAUUGGGUGCUCUUGCUGAAAAGAUAGACACAUCUUUACCUCUGGAGGAACAGGAAUUUUUUCAUGGUCCUAUUAAGAGAUCUGCAGCUGAGCGAACUUUACUUGUAUUCAAAGAAGGAAGUUACUUAGUGAGGCGAAGUGAAACAAGUAAAAAGGACUUCUCCUUAACUCUGAAGGGCUGGAAUGGUCAGCCAAUGCACAUGAAGAUUGCCUGUCGACCUGACGGAACUUACGUCCUGGGGGAAAACAGUCCUCCGUUCACCACAAUACCAGACAUGGUAGACUAUUAUACAACACACGAGCUUCCAGUUCAAAAUGCUGACAGGAUUUGUCUCCUUUAUCCUAUACCCUGCUGAGUUAUCCUGUGUACCUUUUAAGAUAAUACUAGAGUUAUCCAGUACCUUAUAGGAUAAUACCUGAUUUAUCUAGUACCGUAUAGGAUAAUACUAGAGUUAUCCAGUACCGUAUAGGAUAAUACUAGUUAUCCAGUACCGUAUAGGAUAAUACUAGAGUUAUCCAGUACCUUAUAGGAUAAUACUAGAGUUAUCCAGUACCUUAUAUGAUAAUACUAGAGUUAUCCAGUACCUUAUAUGAUAAUACUAGAGUUAUCCAGUACCUUAUAGGAUAAUACUAGAGUUAUCCAGUACCUAAUAGGAUAAUACUAGAGUUAUCCAGUACCUUAUAGGAUAAUACUAGAGUUAUCCAGUACCUUAUAGGAUAAUACUAGUUAUCCAGUACCUUAUAGGAUAAUACUAGAGUUAUCCAGUACCUUAUAGGAUAAUACUAGAGUUAUCCAGUACCUUAUAUGAUAAUACUAGAGUUAUCCAGUACCUUAUAUGAUAAUACUAGAGUUAUCCAGUACCUUAUAGGAUCAUACUAGGGUUACCCUAUGCAUUUUAGGAUAAUACCUAUGUUAUUUUGUACUUUUUAGGAUAAUUCCAGAGUUAUCAUGUACCUUUAAGGAUAAUAUAGAGUUAUCUUGUACCAUGUAUGAUAAUAAUAAAAUUAUCUUGUACCUUGCUGAGUUAUGACAAGUCAAUUUAUCCAAAAACUUUACAAUACUAGUUACAGCAGUGUUACAGUUUAAUUAUGAAUAUGUCUUACCUCUCUUUGCCAAAGUUUGGUAGCCAAAAUAACAACAUAUAAAGAAAGUGUUCCUCCGAAAUUGCCAAAACUGCUUUACAUGCUGAAGGAUAAUCACACAUGUAUAUAGGUGAUAGGGGAAUGUUGAUGUUAUAAAAGUGAUGAUAAGUUUUGAUAAAAGACUUACUCUGGAAUUGAAAAUAAUUUAGCAUUUCCCAGCUAAACCACUGGUACGAACAAACUUUAACAGUUACAUCUUCAAAUUUAGCACAACUAGUUGACUUAUUUACUGUAAACUGCAGUGCACCUUGAAGUUAAAAUGUAAAAGUUAUUUUAUACUAGGUGAUUAGCUUGGAAAAACGGACAUUUGGCAAGUUGCGGCAGAUUAUAAAGAAAAGGCGAUAUGAAUUUGAUAUAUGUUAUCUUUUGAAAAAGUUAAUAACAUCAGCAUAUUUGAAUAAAUACAUUUUGCAUUUACUUCCAUUAAACUUUCUUUUUUGCAUUUGUUAUGUUAUGAGAUAUGAAAGUUGAAUUUUAUUUUGUAUUAUUUUUAUUGACCUGUGACCUACUUUAUUGUGAUAUAAUUUUACUAGCUAGAUUACUAAUCCAAAAAUAAAUAGAUUUUUCAAUCACAACAUGUGAUGUGUUAAAAUCAUUUAUACAUGUAUAUAGUAUAGUUUAUUCUUUUUGUAAGAAGAGAGAUUUAUAUGUGGGAAAGAUAUGAGUGUCAUGACAAAACCAACAUAAUGGGUUUGCGACCAGCAUCCGCACAGUCUGAUCAGGAUCCAUGCUGUUCGCUAUCAGUUUCUCCACUUGUAAUAGGGUUUGUAAGCGAACAGCAUGGAUCCUAAUCAGACUGUGCGGAUGCGCAGGCUGGUCUUGAUCCAUGCUGGUCGCAAACACAUAACGUUGGUUUUGUCAUGACGUGGCUCAAUUAUAAUUUUGGUCAUAUGUUAACAAGUUUGCAUGGUUUAUCAUAUUGGGUGUGUAUAUGAAGGAAGAAAAUGAUGUGAUGUAAAACUGUGAAAGCCACUUACCUCCUCAAGUGAGAUUGUUUCAUACAUUGUGGUUUAUAAAUUGUUUUUAGAUUUAUUCUUAGUCAUACAUUCUCUCAAAGAAGAAAUUUUACGAUUUAUAGUACAAUACAAAUAUAAAAAAUGACUGUUUCAUUGGAAUCAUUAUCCAUUUCUCGGAAGUUACAGAAUCAAAGAAAAAAAAAUAUUAUGACUGAAAAUUAAGCAAUAUAAAAAAGUUAAAUAAAGUACAAAAAAUAUGUUUUUUAUGCCUACUUUAUUCAGUCAGAUUAUUGAAAAAUAAUUGACAUGCUGUAUAUGUAUAUUGAGUUGUUGACAUUAUCAUUUAAUUAUUAUAGUUUUAUUUCAUUUUUCAAAUGUUUUGGUUAGAUUAUUUUACUUCAGCAUAUACUGAGAUGCAUACAUUAUUAUGGGUGGGGGGGGGGAAGUUAUAUAUAUAUGAAGCUACCCAAGUGUUUUGUGGCAUAUGUUUAGCCAGUUCAUCUUCUUUCUGCUGACAAUUUUCUGUCCUUGAGUCUCGUCUUUUUUUUUUUCUGUCACACUUGCUGUUUAUUAAAGCACUUUGGUUUCAGAUGUUUGGCUAGUUGUAACUUGGUUGAAGUGGAAUUGGGACCAUCCAGUCGUGUUACUAGUUUCUGUGUAUUUAUUGAAAUGUUUAUAACAAAUUAUUAUUUUUACUUGUUGACAAUCCAGUUGCAUUUAUUUGUUGCAACAUUAAACAAGAUGUUUGAAUCAUAUGAGCCACGUCACGACAAAACCAACAUAAUGGGUUUGCGACCAGCAUGGAUCCAGACCAGCCUGCGCAUCCGCGCAAUGUUGGUCGCAAACCCAUUAUGUUGGUUUUGUCGUGACGCGGCUCAUAAUUAUUUUGUGUUCAUUGAUGCAUUUUUAUAUGUGCAAUUUUGAAGUUUUAUGUUAAAGAAAUAUUAACAAUAUGAUAAUUAUUUUGUAUAGAAUAGUUUUUUUUUGGUAAAGUCUGAUACUAUAAAGAUAAUGAGACAAACAGUAAUACAUAGCAAGAAAGGAAACUAAAAAAAAAAUUCAAAUCUGGAAUUUUAUACUAUCUAACUAAAAUCAAUAAAAAUGGAUCAAAAAGGCAUAAAGCAGAUACAUUUUGUUAUGAAAAUUUCAAUGAAAGAAACUAGAACCUUUUUUUGAGAUUAAAAUAUUAUAUUACUGCUAGAACAAGUAAAGCCAAGGUUCAGCCAGAUUAAAUAUAUUCCUUAAAGCUGUUGUUUUAUUUAUUUUAUUUUUUUUUAAUACAUAGCAAAAUUUAUACAUAUGUGUUCCACCUGCUAUUGCAUACUUAGAAAAUACUGGUACCAAUUUAAGAAUCAUUAUGAAAAGUUUUGCUGUUAUUUGUCUUUCUAUUCAAUACCACUGAUGUUUAAUAUUCAUUUACCAUUUACCAUUUAGGCUUUGCUUAUAUUUCAUUUUAAUUUAGCUUUGUGUAUGUUAAUGUUAGUAAUUUUAUUAAAUUUAAUAGAACACAGUAUUCAGUAUGUUGAAAUGAGAGUAAACUUUUUAAAAAUUUGUUAUUUUGAAAAUGCAGUCUAACUUGUGUAUGAAGAAUUUACAAAAAAGAAAAGAAAGUUUUUUUUGUCAAAAGAUGCUCAUUUGAUAUGGAACACUUACUGUUUUUUUUAAAUAAACAGUUUGAAGAUAAAUGAUGACUAUGCUAUAGCAUAUUAAGGUGUCUUAAUUUGUGUACAUAAUCUUUUCUUAUAGAUGUCAUUCUGAUAUGUUUGUCUGUACUUUGUUAAAUGACAGCCUUUUUCUCUUGUUGUCUAUCAAUUCUGUCCUAUAUAGUGCAAUCAUUAUUCAUUUCAGCCAUGUCAUGACAAAACCAACAUAAUGGGUUUGCGACCAGCAUGGAUCCAGACCAGCCUGCGCAUCCGCGCAGUCUGAUCAGGAUCCAUGCUGUUCGCUAUCAGUUUCUCUACUUGUUACAGAGUUUGUAAGUGAACAGCAUGGAUCCUGAUCAGACUGCGCGGAUGCGCAGGCUGGUCUGGAUCCAUGCUGGUCACAAACGCAUUAUGUUGGUUUUGUCAUGGCACGGCUCAUUUUUCUUGUGAUAUACUCUUAUUAAACUGUAAGACUUUUUCUAACAGUUCUAUAUUUCUGUAGAUAUUUUCAUGCAGUGAGUGUAAGCUAUAUUCUCUUAUAACCAUGAACAAUUUUGUGAUAGUGACACAUCAGUUUAUAAAGUGCCAGUUAGUUGUAUGAUAUUCAAGUUAAUUUACAUGUACUUUAUUUUUUUCUCUAUGAGUACAUGUAUUAAACCAGUGACAUGAUCAUGAUACCUUUUACAAGCAAGUGAAUGAAUCAUCUAUAUUGGUGAAUAAAUCAAGUUCAUAAAGCAUUUGUCUAAUAGAUAUAUCUACAAUUGUAUUAUAAUACAAAGGCUUGUUACAGUUGCAAAGUGUAAAUGUUAUUAACAAAAAUUUGAUAUAAUUUACAAUCUUACUAUUGUAAAAGGCACAAAAAAUUUGUAAAAUUAUCAUAUUGAUAACAUUUUAAUUUGCAUUUGCUGAAAAAGGAUGUAUAUAUAAUGUUAGUAUUGAUAUUUUGUUCUGGCAUUUGUACAAUUGAUGUGCAUUCAAGCUUGCUUUUAUAUUUGUAAGGUUGGUUUUUAUUGUUUCUAACAUAUAUAAUACAUACAUCAAGCUGGCAGUUUUGAUUUACUGGUCACACAGAUAUCGGAACCAAUAUGGUAAAAGGGGAGACUACAUGUAACUUUUCCAAUUUUUCUGUAUAUUAGGAAGGUUAAUGUUUGAGCAUGUAUACCGCCUCCGUGGUCGAGGGGUUAGAGUCGAUGACUUCUAAUCCAGUUACCUCUCUGGCGUGGGUUCCAUCCCCGGGAGAUGCUUUGGUAGUUUAGCGCGGAGGAAGGUAGUCUAGUACUGGUGUAACUCUCCAGGAACGAUGGUUAGGAAACUACCCGCCUAUAUGACUGAAAUACUGUUGGAAAAAGGCGUAAAAUGAAACAAACAAACAAACAAAUGAGCAUGUAUAAUUAUACUUUGCAGUAAUGAAACAUAUAUUUAACCCAUAGCCUGCUGGCAGUGACUGAAUCUACACACGUGACCAGUGCAGACCAAGAUCAACCAGCACAUCUGUGACAUCUGGUCAUGGUCUGCACUGUUCGAAGUUCCUCAAUACUUGUUUUGAAUUUUUUUCAAAAGAUGAUGAUUUUUUUGUCCAAAUUGAAAAUUCAUUUAAGAUAUUUAGCAAGGUAGGGGUUAAAGAAUACUGGUAAUAGAAAUUAUUUGAAGGGAAUAUAUUUUGUUUUAGGAGAUUAUUUAAGGUAAAAAUUUCAUGAGUGUCCGUCCGCUUAAAAUAUUAAUUAUGUUUCAGAGUAUAGUUGUUUGGUAAGGUGGUCUUUACAUCUAAUUAGUUAAAAGAAUAUGGGGUUUGUGAAAGUGAAUGUAAGAUAUCUUAGUCUUCAUACUAGUAGAUAGAAGUGAGGAGGUCUCUUAUAUGCAUACAAAUCAUAAAGUUUAAUAAUAUUUUACGGCAUAUAUAAAUAUACAUCUAUUCUUUUACAUCAACAUAAUAACACAAAUAUACAAAUAAAAGGGUUGGGCCAAAUGUUUUUGCAACAUUAUCAAGGGCCCUUCCCUGUAAUUGUUCUAACAUCAGUAUCAUAAAGUGAAGCUAGAUUUAUAUUAAAGUAAAUACGCAUUAAGUUACUAUACAUUUUCAUUAUCAUACAGAUCAUAAUAUGUUAUUUCUUUCCUCAGGUUAUGAUAUGGGACCACUUUACAUCUUAUUCUUUCAUUGUACUCUCCAAUUUAAUAAAACAUAUUAUUAAUACAAUUUUGCAUUAUUUUUUUACAGUUAUAAAUGUUUAUAUAAUGUUAAUAUUAUAGAUAGAUUUAAAGGAAGAGGUUUUAAAAAAGAAAGGAGUAAUGGAAAAGAAAGAAACAGCUUGAACGUUGUUGUUUUUAAAAAGGGGUCCUUAGGUUACAGGCCUAUAAUGUUGUUGUUACAUAAGAGUUUUAAGAUUUUGUUUAAAGUGCUGAGAUUAUUGCAUGUUUGUUAUAUUUUUAUGCUACUGUUUUACCAAAUUACUAAAUUACAAUAAUUAUUAUUGUUAUAAAUAUAUUUUUUUCAUGUAUGAUGCCAGCCAUUUUGGAUGAUUUAAGCCAUGUUUGUUGUCAGCCAUGUUUGAUAAUAUCUUGUUCAUGUACUUAACUUUUGUGGGUUUUUUUUGUAUAAACAUUUUAUGUUAUGUUUAGAUUUGUAUUAUAUAUCCAAAACAAGAAUUUCAUGAAAAUAAUAUGUUUUCUUGAUAAUUCUAAAAUUGGAUAUUAAGGGGGAAAAAGUGGUGUACCAAAGGCAUUUACUGGUGACUAUUUACUGUUUUUGUACCUUUGUAUAUUUGAAGAAUGUUUGCUAUUGCAUGUGGUUUUAUAAAUGUUAAUUUUAUCAUGUUUCAUUGAACGAAACAGGAAUUUAUUAACAACUUGUAAUAAGUACAUUAUCUCUGUUCAUACUAACUAUGACUACUUAUUAGCAUUUAAUGUCUUAAGUUUGAAUUGUUGAUUAAUAUAAGUUUAUGUAAGUUGACCAUGAAUGCCUGUGAAGUGUCAUUAUGUACAUGCUCUUAUUAUAAACUAUUAAAUUAACUAUGACAUUUUAGUUUGUUAAUACAUUCUAUAUAUGAAAUCAAACAAAGCUGUGAAAUAUGUGUGUGAAAUAGUGUUAUAUUACCUUAAUCAUGAUAUUACCUUAAUCAUGUUAAGGAUGGAAUAUAUAUUUGAGCACAGUCUGAUCAGGAUCCAUGCUGUUCGCUUACAGACCCUAUAACAAAUAAAUAAACUGAUAGUGAACAGCAUGGAUCCUGAUCAGACUGCGCAGAUGUGCAGGCUGGUCUGGAUCCAUGCUGGUCGCAAACCCAUUAUGUUGGUUUUGUCAUGACGCGGCUCAUAUAUUUUAUGAUGUGAUUUUUCUUAAAAGAAUAACAUAAGAGGUUAAAAAGAUAAAGAAUUUAUUGUGAAAUGUGUCACAAUAUGUAUGAGUGUAUACAUUUAAUUACUGUUGCUCAUUUUGUUAAUGCUUCCUAACCUUAAUAUUUCCAUAUUAACCAAUGUUAAAUCAAACAAAGACCUUAAAAUACAUGUACUUAUUUAUGUGUCUCUGGUGCUUAUAACUUGAACACAUUUUAAACCUCUACCAACAAUAUCUAAAUAAAGUACACAAAAUUCA